CUGUUGCUGCUGUUAUUGAUUUGCAAUUGCAUUGUGGGCGCCUUCGAGCCGGACUUUGUCAUACCGCUGGAGAACGUGACCAUCGCCCAGGGCCGGGACGCGACAUUCACGUGUGUUGUCAACAAUUUGGGCGGUCAUCGGGUGAGUGGUGACGGUGCGUCAGUUCCAGCCAAGGUCGCCUGGAUUAAGGCCGAUGCCAAGGCCAUUCUGGCCAUACACGAGCAUGUGAUCACGAACAAUGAUCGAUUAUCGGUGACGCACAACGAUUACAAUACCUGGACACUGAACAUACGGGGCGUUAAGAUGGAGGAUGCCGGCAAGUAUAUGUGCCAGGUGAACACAGAUCCCAUGAAAAUGCAAACAGCCACCCUGGAGGUGGUCAUACCGCCGGACAUAAUAAACGAGGAGACCUCCGGCGACAUGAUGGUACCAGAAGGUGGCUCUGCGAAGCUCGUGUGUCGCGCACGCGGCCAUCCCAAGCCGAAGAUCACAUGGCGGCGCGAAGAUGGCCGCGAGAUAAUCGCACGCAAUGGCGUCCAUCAGAAGACCAAAGCCAUACUGGUGGAGGGCGAAAUGCUGACGCUGUCGAAAGUCACGCGAUCGGAAAUGGGCGCCUAUAUGUGCAUCGCCUCCAACGGAGUGCCACCAACUGUGAGCAAACGCAUGAAGCUACAGGUGCACUUUCAUCCGCUGGUGCAAGUGCCAAAUCAAUUGGUUGGCGCCCCGGUUCUAACGGAUGUCACAUUAAUUUGCAACGUGGAGGCAUCACCGAAGGCCAUCAAUUACUGGCAGCGCGAGAACGGCGAAAUGAUUAUAGCCGGCGAUCGGUAUGCCCUCACCGAGAAGGAGAACAACAUGUACGCCAUCGAGAUGAUUCUUCACAUUCGACGGCUGCAGUCGACUGACUUUGGCGGCUACAAAUGCAUCUCGAAGAACAGCAUUGGCGACACCGAAGGCACCAUACGACUAUACGAAAUGGAACGUCCCGGCAAAAAGGCGCAGCGCGAAGAGGAUCUCAACGAAGUGACGAAGAACGAGGUGGUGCUCAAGGAGAACCGCCACGAGGAUGGCUCGCGCAAUCAGAACGGUCGCCUCUACAAGGACCGCAGCCAGGACGCGGACAUGGGCAGCGGAGCGGCCACGGCGCGCCAGCUAAUCAAGCCAUUUCUAUUGGCACUAUUUGUAUUAUUCACAGCCAAUGUGUGCGGCUCCUGCUGCGGCUGCGGCGGCUGCUGCUGCUGCUACGCGCUGGCAAAUGGCAGUGGGCCGGUGGCAAGGGGGCAGGGCAACGGUUCGACUGGGGGCGCAACAACAAGGACAAUGGCUGCAGUCGACGUCGACGUCGGCGACGGCAGCUGCAAAGCUCGUUUCAUAUUAUAG